AUGGACUUCUUGUCCGGUAGCAAAAGCCCAUCUCCGACCAGGGCUGGCGCCACAAGGGAGAUGGACAAAACUUCAUCCUGCUGCCAGGUAAUGCUGCUUCCUACUCAAAACGGAGUCGCUGGGAUGACAAGUCUUCCGUUUUUAGUGAAUCGGCCUCCUACAAUUACCACAUCUUCCAACAAGACGAAGCCCAUUGCACUACGAUCAUCAAACCUUGACCGAUUCUCAGCUCAACCUCCCUCUUGCUACGUGGUUAGCUCUGAAGAUCCAGCCUCUCAUCUUUCUAGUGAAACGUUCCGCAACUCAUCUCUCUCACUACGUCCACAAGCUAUCCUGAGCACCUUCACAAGCAAUUCGUUGACGUCGCGACGUCGUGAAGCCUCUGAUGUUAUCUUUCCUCAGCCUCUAGAAGGCCAAGCCUCAACCAGUUCGGCGGGCGACUGGUCCAGCGUCGGUCCUAACCAUUCAGGGGCCCGGCAUUCGCUCCUGCUGCCUAUUGCUGCCUGCAGCCUUAGCCCGACACUCACUAGCCUCUCCGUUGGCAACACCUGUCAGUCGGCAGCAGCCACACCUACUGUAGGGGAUCAUUUGCUUGUUCGGAACCGCUCUUCUAGUCGUCCUAUCCUUUCAAGCAUUUUGAACUCAGGCGCUCCUACUUUUGCCCCGCUUACUUCCGAGGUGUCUACCACAUUUUUGGCCAAAUCGGCAGGUGCUUUUGCUAUUACUACCUCUCAUGGUAACAGUAACACCAACCUGGUUUCAUCCCGUUCGUCUUCGUCAACAUUUGCCAAUCCAGCGUUUGUUAAUCCUAUCCUGACACAAACGCCCUACUCUCAUCACUUCUCUCCUAGACCAGGUGCUUUCCAGACUGUAGCAGCAUCUCACAUCGUAAGAAGCCUCCAGGCCUCAGAGCAUUCUGAGUCAACUUCUAACAGGCCGUUCAAAGUCAACGUCCCAGGAGGCGAGUCCAUCGCUGGCAUGUGUAACUUGCCCGCCCCCUAUGGCGUGGGCGCCUGCCGUCUUGCUUUUGGACCUUCUGCUGUGCACCACCAUUACCCUCAUCAGACUGCACUCGUACACUUUGCUCCUGGAGUUUUGAACCCUCAGACCAAAUUGUUCACUCCAGCCGGUUAUGCAACUUCUGCUGCUGCCUGUUGGUCUUCAAUGUCUUGUCCAUCUGCGUCGCUCUCAUCGCUUGGAUCCACAGGCCCCGGUGUUGGAUCUUCAAGUGUGAUCGGGGCUGGCAAUGGGGCAGGCUUCUGUGCUUUGCGUCGUAUAAGCGGCACACCAGAUCGAGCUUCUGCAAUCGCUGCUUGGCCUAGGAAGCCAGGUGUUGAGAUCGGGUCUAGGCUCAACCAGUCAGACUCAAUACCUUCACCCGAGGCAGGUGGCAAGAUGCUUGGUUCGAGGGACUUUGUCGACGCCUCCACUUCCAUGGAUGAUUCUGGAAUUGUCCGAUCAGACCCCAGAAGCUUCCUGCCAGAAGGCCGGGAUAACUUGAAAUCGGCCCAAAUCGGUUUAGUUCUUCUGCACUCACAGAGUGCUCUAGGACCCUUGAAUGACACUCGUAACCAAGCUGAGGGCCAGGAGGAGAAGGCAGAGGGAGGAAGCGAGGUGGGAAUCGGAGAAGUGCACGGAAAAGAGAGUUUCGAGGCCUGCACUCAUCAUCCGCAGCAAAAUAAUAGCACUGAUACUUUAUCGCCGUCCUCGGAUAAAGAGGAUACGCUUUUGGGAACAGACUCCAAAGCGCAUCCUACGUUUCUUCAGCCUACUGAGAUUUACGCCAGUGAUACACUCACUCCUCUUACACGGCAAAUGCCAACUGGUCAACAGAUUGGCUCUAGUCGCGACCUCAGGGUCGGACUCUCUCCCUCUAGUGACAAUUUUUCUUUUGCCUUACCCGCCUCGGUGGCUGAUACUGAACCCAAAAUGUCAGUAGGUGGCACCCGGCUUCAAAAUUCAUUUUCAUGCACAGAUGACCCUUGCUUUGUUACCACUUUCAAUAGGUCAGUUUCGAGUUCAUUGGAUCCGCAUCUCUGUCAAACACAUAGAAGUGAUAAGUCAGCAGACCGAUUAAAUCAUUUGCCAUGUCGUACUGGUUUACUCAAUCCCUGUUGA